AGACUACUUCGUUGUGGAUGAAAUCUCCUUCGCCUUCGAUCAUUCCUCCUGGGAGUAUCAAUUUGAUCUCCUUGUGCUUUUGUUUAUUCAUGUAACAACACUUCGGGUAACAGUUACGUAGAGUUACUUGUUCUUCGCCAAGGUAAGAUUUUUUUAUGAGAUAUUCGUUUUUGUGCAUGAUCACAUCAAAAUAUUUUUUGUCAUAUUCAUUUCGGUGCGUGAUCACAUCAAAUUUUUUUUUUAUUGUUUUUGUUCUUAUUGCCUUUCUCACAUCAAAUUAUUUUUUUGUUUUUGUUCUUAUUGCCUUCCUCGUAUUCCGUUUCUGCACGCUUGUGCGCAAAUUUAGAGUUCUAGGAUAGGUAGAAAAGUGUUCAUCCUCCAGUAUCUCCGGAGUCCUUGUUGUUAUCGUCCUCUGGUGUAAGUAAAAACUUUUGAUUUUGAGACCUUGUGGAUAUUGAUACUUUUACGAGGAAGGAGUAAGCUAUCAAAGAUCAGCAAAAUGGCAGCCCGACAGGAGCACCGUGAGGCGAUGAAGCGACUCUGUGAGCGAGUCUUUACUGGCAUGUCGCCGCAAGCGAAGCGUCAGUUUUUGCGCAAUAAUGGAAUUAAUGUAUUUGAUUUUAAAGAUUUAGCUCUUCUUCAUUAUGUUAGAUGUUAGUGGUCUGCAUUUCUAUAACUUCACAUAUAACAACGAAACUCCUUUGCAGCACUUUACAUCUGUGUGACCUCGUUUUAGAUAUUUUUUCUUCCUCUCAUGAUAACAGGAAGAGGAGAUUGCUGGCACGAUGACGCCUAUAGAGGUUGUCCAGGCACCGAUCAAUAAUGCGAGGGAAGAUGGUUUCAACACUCCUCGUGGUGAAGAAGAGCAGGCUCGUGUAGAAGGAGCACACGAAGAGGUUGCAGCAGAUGACACAGAUGAAGCUAUUACUCAGUGGAUCGAGGAUGUGUGGAAUCGCAGUGAAGGGAAUAAGGACUGGAAGAAAGCUCAGGAUGUGAUGAGGGCGUUGCCAGAUUAUCCACAUCUCAUCGAGCAGGCGGAUGAGCAGCACGACUUUCUUCCGAGUAUUCAGGUGGAAGUGGAUGGAAAUCGAGCAAGGUAGUGGGGGUUUCAUUUUUGGGAAAGUCAUUAGAUUGUUCUUCGGCUUCUACGUAUGCAUUCAUGUUGAUUGAGGAUGGUAGUGAAUAUUUAUAAUUUAGUUAUUUUCUUCCUCUGGUGUAAUUAAUUUCAUCCCUAAAUUCAGGUUCUUGCGCGAUCGCGAUUUGAUGAGCGACUGGGAUUACAAAAACACUUACAUGCGAACUUUCCCAGGUGGUGACGAAGUUGAACAAAAAGAGUUUCUUGACCUUGGUGGCAAAACGGUACUGCUACUGAAUAUUAGGACUGUAGGCUUGAAAGAUCGCGGGAUGAUGAAAACACUUUGAGGUUAAAGCUCUGCCAGUGGGCUUUUUUUGGUCUUAUCCUUUAUUUCAAAUUCACAGCGGGCGAGUCUUACGAAGAUUCUGAUCAAGAGCAAACUGGCGGAAGCGGAAAAAGAUUGGCUGCGUUCGAUCGACAAGAAAGAUACCAAAAACAUGAUGUUAAGGUGGAAGAUUUUUAUUUUUUGUUUCUGGUACUCCCGACUCUCCUGUGGAUAUUAUUCUUCUGGGAAUAUCUAGUCUCAUUUUUCUAGCAGGGUAGACAGCUUUCUAAUGAGCAGCCUGAUCUGCAUGGUGCUGCUGGACAUCCGGAAUUUUUUCUCGGAGGAUCAUCGAUUGAAAGUGGAGCGAUCAAUGACGCGCUCGGGAGUCACUUACAAGGUGUUGCUGAAAAAAAUUUUAAGGCUAUUCGAUUUUUCGUAUCAUGGAUUUCAUUCGAGGAAGAAAAAGUAAGCGAGUAAAAAGAUAUCUUCUAAUGCAGCUAAAGCAGAUUUUCACCAUCGACCGCCUUCUGGUCCUCACGGCGUUCGAGGACUUAGGCUUCUAGAAGGUAGGCAAGGAUGGAAGCAAGCGAAGGUGAAAAUGGAAAAGCUCGAAUCAGAACCCACAUGAAGAUGCUUUAUCUAUUGGAGAUUGGUGUGUAGGUGAAUUGUUUUGAUGAGCCCCGCUGUCUACGAUAGAUGGAGAUGUGUACUAGCACGAAUUAGAACCCACAUGAAAGAAGUAGCUUUAUCUAUUGGAGAUUGGUGUGUAGGUGAAUUGUUUUGAUGAUCCCUGCUGUCUACGAUAGAUGGAGGCUUGUCCUAGCAUUGUGCAGGUGAUGAAGGAGUUAAUAUUUGAACCCCUUGCUUCGUCUUUGUCUGACGGAUCGGUCAAAAUGGUAGGAGUUGUGUUGCGUAUUUCUGGAUUCAAGAUAUUGGAAUAUAUAAUAUUCAUAAAUAUGUUCAUGAUAAGUGAAAGUAGUACGUAGUUGACAUACGCAUACUAGCUCAUAUUCGUCAAGCGUUUCGGCCCACACACCACGAACAUCAAGAUGCACUACAUACUAGCAAUGAAGAUGUAAAUUUUUUCAAUAUAUGAACAGGUUUCGACUGUAAAAACUUGAGUUCUGAGAAUCCAUAGAUCUGUUAAGAGUUCAACUUUUCACUCUGGUGAGAUCUUGGGAAGAUGGAUUAUGCUUACGAGAAAACAAUGAUGGUAUUACUUUAUACCUGUGUGAGAAGCGACAGCACAUAACAGGCGUUGAGAUAUGUGAGGGCAUGGAAACUCUCUGUUGAGUAGGCAAGAAAAUCUGCUCUGUAAUAGAUGAAGAAAAAAAAAAUGGAGGAGACAUGGCG